AAAGAUACUGGCCGGAUGUGCAAAGGCGCGGGUUGGCGCGGGGAUGAGCUGAAGGUCAUUGCAUCUCAGCUCAGAGUCCGAACAGCCGUCGCGUUGCGUGACGACGACGACGAGGAGGAGGAGGAGGAGGAGGAGGGGGGGGGGGCUCGAGGAGGAGGAGAGGCAGCAGCAGCACGCAGGCAGGCACGCAGGAGGCGUCCGGACGACAAGAUGGGCAACCGCGGCAUGGAAGACUUGAUCCCACUGGUCAACCGGCUGCAGGACGCGUUCGCGGCCAUCGGCCAGAACGCCAGUUUGGACCUCCCUCAGAUCGCCGUGGUGGGCGGCCAGAGCGCUGGCAAGAGUUCCGUUCUGGAGAAUUUCGUGGGCAAAGAUUUCCUCCCGCGCGGGUCUGGCAUUGUCACUCGGCGCCCCCUAGUGCUGCAACUCAUCAACUGCCCAACAGAAUAUGCCGAAUUCCUGCACUGCAAAGGAAAAAAGUUCACGGACUUCGAGGAAGUUCGUCAGGAAAUCGAAGCGGAAACGGAUCGAGUGACGGGACAAAACAAAGGAAUCAGUCCGGUUCCCAUCAACCUACGGGUCUUCUCGCCCAACGUGUUGAACCUGACGCUGGUCGAUCUUCCCGGGAUGACCAAGGUCCCGGUGGGCGACCAGCCGGCGGACAUCGAGCAGCAGAUUCGAGACAUGCUCAUGCAGUUUGUCACCAAGGACAACUGCCUCCUAUUGGCCGUUUCUCCCGCCAACUCCGACCUCGCCAACUCCGACGCGCUUAAGGUGGCCAAGGAGGUGGACCCCCAAGGUCUCCGAACCAUCGGUGUGAUCACCAAACUCGACCUGAUGGACGAAGGAACCGAUGCCAGAGACAUCCUGGAGAACAAACUGCUGCCGCUUCGCAGAGGUUACGUCGGCGUGGUCAACCGCAGUCAGAAAGACAUUGACGGCCGGAAGGACAUCACGGCGGCGUUGCAGGCCGAGAGGAAGUUCUUCCUGUCCCACGCGUCCUACCGACACCUGGCCGAGCGCAUGGGAACCGCCUACCUGCAGAAGGUUCUCAACCAGCAACUAACCAAUCACAUCCGAGACACGCUGCCCGCCUUACGCAGCAAACUUCAGAAGCAGCUGCUGGACAUCGAGAAGGAAGUCGCGGAGUACAAGAACUUCAAUCCGGACGAUCCCUCUCGCAAAACCAAAGCCUUGCUGCAGAUGGUGCAGCAGUUUGCGGUGGACUUUGAGAAGCGAAUCGAAGGUUGCGGGGAUCAGGUGGACACCAGCGAGCUCUCGGGAGGAGCCAAGAUCAAUCGCAUCUUUCACGAGCGCUUCCCCUUUGAGCUCGUCAAAUUGGAGAGUGAUGAGAAGACUCUCCGCAAAGAGAUCAGCUAUGCCAUCAAGAACAUUCACGGCAUCAGGACAGGUCUGUUCACACCCGACAUGGCCUUUGAGACCAUCGUCAAGCGUCAGAUGAGCCAAAUUAAAGAACCUUGUCAUAAGUGCAUCGACUUGGUCAUCAACGAGCUCGUCAACACUGUCAGACUUUGCGCCCUCAAGUUGGCCCAGUACCCGUUGCUGCGAGAAGAGAUGGAAAGAAUCGUCACUCAGCACAUCCGAGACAGAGAAAGUCGCACAAAAGAGCAGGUCCUGCUGCUGGUGGACAUUGAGUUGGCAUACAUCAACACAAACCACGAAGACUUCAUUGGUUUUGCAAAUGCUCAGCAGAAGAGCAGUCAGAUGAGCAAGAAGAAGGCGAGCGGCAAUCAGGAUGAAAUCAUGGUGAUCCGCAAAGGCUGGCUGACCAUCAAUAACAUCGGCAUCAUGAAGGGCGGAGCCAAAGAGUACUGGUUUGUUUUGACCGCAGAGAAUUUGUCCUGGUACAAAGACGACGAGGAGAAGGACAAGAAGUACAUGCUGACAGUUGAUCACUUGAAACUCAAAGACAUCGAGAAGAGUUUCAUGUCCAGCAAGCACAUUUUUGCUCUCUUCAACACUGAGCACAGGAACGUGUACAAGGAUUACCGUCAGCUGGAGUUGGCCAGUGAGUCUCAGGAGGAGGUGGACAGUUGGAAGGCGUCUUUCCUACGCGCGGGAGUGUACCCCGAACGCAGCGUGGAUAAAGAAAAGGUGGAGGCGGAGGACUCCAGCGGCGACGGGCAAAUCCACAGCGUGGAUCCUCAGCUGGAGAGGCAGGUGGAGAUCGUUCGGAGCCUGGUGGACUCUUACCUGUCAAUCAUCCAUCGCACCAUCAGGGACCUCGUCCCCAAGACCAUCAUGCACCUUAUGGUCAACAAUACCAAGGACUUCAUCCACGCCGACCUGCUGGCUCAGCUUUACUCGUGUACCGACCAAAAUACUCUGAUGGAGGAAUCCCAGGAGCAGGCUCAGCGCCGCGACGACAUGUUGAGGAUGUACCACGCUUUGCGAGAAGGACUCAACAUCAUCGGCGACAUCAGCACGUCCACCGUCACCACCUCCAUGCCGCCGCCCGUGGAUGACUCGUGGCUGCAGGUGACGGGGAUGCCGUCAGGCCGCAGGUCCCCGAUGUCCAGUCCGACGCCGCAACGCCGAGCCCCGCCCGGCCCCCUUCGCCCAGGGGCCCGCGCGCCACCCGGCCCCCCCUCUCGUCCGGCUGUGUCACCUGACCCCGGACCGUCCGUACCGUCUCGUCCCAACAGAGCGCCGCCGCCUGGAGUUCCCAGAAUCUCCAUCAGUGAUCAGUGAGGAUCCACCGGCGAGAUCUCGGUCCAGCCUGCGACCCCGCCCUCGACUGAUGACCUGCGGUCCACGCAUCCCCGCCCACUCGUAUGAGGUUUUGUGUCACUGUGUUGUAGUUUGGUGACAGCGACGUCAUAUUAUCACGUGAGUGUUCCCAUUUGGAUUUUUUUUUUCUUUUUGUGUACGUAAGUCAAAAGAUUGAAAGAAAAGGGCCAGCAGAAGGUCCAACUUGGCUCGCUAUUUGGCGAGCCGAGUAACUUAACGAGCUAGAUAAGUAGAAUUAGUCAAUUUUUUUUUUUUUUUCCUCUUGAGUCAAGAUGAGAAAAUGUUCAUCUUUACAAUGUAAAGUUUGGCUUUUGUUUGGAAUGAAGGAUUAUUCGUUCAUCCGAAUUUAUGGUGUGAUUUAUUUAUAUGCUUAAGUUAUUUCUGAUCAAGGUAGCAGUUUAGUCACCAACAUAUUUAAUAAAGAAGCACACAGAGACGUAAUGCAGAGAGUUUGCAUAUAUUCCUUUUUUUUUUAAUUUAAUUUUUUUUAAGCUUCUGCCAAACUCAAGUUCAGUAAAGCCAUUAAUGAUGAAUCAAUAUCAUAAACUGAUUUCAAAGACUUUCUAUGUACAGUAGAUGUAUGCACUAUAUUCUGAAAUUGUCUAUCCAAAAGCACGUGGGCGAUGAUGUUGAUGAUGAUGAUGAUGACGCCAGAGAUUCGACAGACGACAGACACAUUUUAUCAAUGAAAACGGAUCGCUAUGUAGAAUUACUGUCUUUGACUGUAGUACGUUUGUCAUUUAAUGUUAUUCAUGCAGCAAUGCAUCAGCAUGCACUUGACGUGUUUGUAGCUGUGACAUGUCGUGUUACGUCGUAAAGUGACGUCAGAGUGCACUUCGUAACCAGUCGCGUGUUCAAGUGUGUAAUUCCGAUUCAAUGGUGACACCUCAAGUAGCGCGCGUGUGUGUGUGUGUGUGUGUGUGUGUGUGUGUGUGUGUGUCGUGGGGGGGGGGUAAUUAUGCAGUCGGGUGAUUGUCACGUGACCCCCACAAAAUGAGUACAUUAUUAAAAGAUUAAAUCCUG